AUGGCGCUGCCUGCUGCCGGGAGGUCCGUGGUCUUCGUGACUGGAAAUGCCAAGAAACUCGAGGAGGUUAUUCAAAUUCUUGGAAAUACCUUUCCUUACAAACUACUCUCAAAGAAGAUCGAUUUACCUGAAUAUCAAGGGGAGCCAGAGGAAAUUUCUAUUCAAAAGUGUAAGGAAGCAGCACGACAGAUUGAUGGACCUGUAAUAGUGGAGGACACAUGUCUGUGUUUUAGAGCGUUGGGAGGACUUCCAGGCCCUUACAUAAAAUGGUUUCUAGAUAAACUUAAACCAGAGGGCUUGUACAAACUUCUUGCUGGGUUUGAGGAUAAGUCUGCAUGGGCUCUGUGUACCUUUGCUUUUUGUGCUGGAAAGGACGAAGAGGUGCAGCUUUUUAGAGGAAUCACAGAGGGGCGCAUUGUGGAACCGAGAGGUCCAAGGGACUUUGGAUGGGAUCCCUGCUUCCAGCCUGAGGGAUAUGACAAAACAUAUGCUGAAUUGCCUAAAGAAGUCAAGAACACAAUUUCUCACCGCUACAGGGCACUUGCUGCCAUGUCUGAUCAUUUUACCAAGAUGAACAAUAGUUCUCCACAGUCGAAAAAGAAAAAGGAUGAAGUGUGA